GCCAGAUCAAAGCGAAGCAGGAGAAGCGCGGAUGAGAGAUGGCAGCGCUGCAGUGAGAGUCGGAGCCCAGUGUCUUGGCUUUCCUUCGGCGUGAGUCAUGGCGGGGAUAUAGAUGCGCGCAGCCCCAGCAGAACCACACGGCUCAGUUGGUGUGUGCGCCGCGGGCAGGUCCUUAUCAUUGUUCCAUGUGGUAGCGGAUCCAUGUCAGUCAGCAAAGGAAUGACAGACGGCUACAUCGGGAAGUGAGCAACAUGACCACCAGGCCCCAGUGGAAGUUCAUGGACAAGAUGAGGUGCUUCAGGAAGCGAUCCAUGUUCCCCCUGCUUGGCGUCCUUAUCACCUUCCUGCUCUUCUUCAAUCUUUACAUGGAUGGUGGAUACAUGCUGGAGGCAGAGAAACGACAACUGGGGGACUCACUGAUGCAUCCCGGGAACAGAUACAUCCACACCUUCAGAGAUCUUUCCAAUUUCUCUGGGACCAUCAACGUGACUUACAGAUACCUCGCAGGGAUUCCUCUGCCUCGAAAAAAGUUCCUCACCAUCGGACUGUCGUCUGUGAAGAGGCGACGAGGGAACUACCUUCUGGAGACCAUCAAGUCCAUCUUUGAUCAGUCCAAUUAUGAGGAGCUGAAUGAGAUUGUGGUUGUGGUCCACCUGGCGGACUUUGACCUGGUCUGGUGUGAGAACCUGGUCCAGGAAAUCACCCGGAAGUUUGGUCACCACAUCAUUGCGGGGCGUCUCCUGGUGAUCCAGGCUCCAGAGGAGUUCUAUCCUUCUCUGGAAGGACUGAAGAGGAACUACAACGACCCAGACGACAGAGUUCGCUUCCGCUCCAAACAGAACGUGGACUACGCUUUCCUCCUCAACUUCUGCACCAACCUGUCUCACUACUACAUGAUGUUGGAAGAUGACGUGCGCUGCUCCAGGAACUUUCUGACCGCGCUGAAGAAGGUGAUCACCUCACGGGAAGGUUCUUACUGGGUCAUGCUGGAGUUCUCUAAGCUGGGCUACAUCGGGAAGCUCUACCACUCCAAGGACCUGCCUCGUCUGGCCCACUUCCUGCUCAUGUUCUACCAGGAAAUGCCCUGCGACUGGCUGCUCAUCCAUUUCAGGGGUCUGCUGGCCCAGAAGGACGUGAUCCGCUUCAAGCCCUCGUUGUUCCAGCACAUGGGCUACUAUUCAUCUUACAAAGGAGCUGAGAACAAGCUGAAGGACGAUGACUUUGAGGAGGACUCUGUGGACCUUCCUGACAACCCUCCUGCCAGACUAUACACCAACAUCAAGGUCUUUGAGAGCUAUGAGGCCACCAAGGCCUACAGCAGCAUCAUCGACGAGUACUUCUGGGGCAAACCUCCAAGUACUGGAGACUUCUUUGUCAUUAUUUUCAAUAAAUCUACCAAAAUCCGUAGGAUUACAAUCGUCACAGGUACAGAGGACCGUCAGAGCGACAUCCUCCAUCAUGGAGCCCUGGAAGUGGGACAGAAAUCUGUGGAGACCAAACAGGGACGACAGUGCGGCUCGUACAUCACACUGGGAGAAUUCAAGGGUGGGAAAAUUGAGGUGAACAAUGUGGACCACAAGAUUGGUUUUGACAUUGAGUGUGUGCGCAUUGUGAUCACGGCCAGUCAGUCAGAGUGGCUGAUCAUCAGAACUAUCAGUUUAUGGACCACACAGCCCGUCAGUCAGCUCACAUAGUUGCAGGAGAUAUUUUUCAAGUCACAUAUCUUCUUUAUUGAUGAAUGCAUUUGCUGUGUAAGUGCUGUGGGAGACUUUAUGGAAGUAAAUAAGAUCCAUAUUUUCUUGGGCUCAGUGGGCCACGUGAUUUUUCAGAUAUGUUAUAAUAAAAGAAUGUACAAUCUAUAAAACCCUUGGAUGUAUGUAUGUUUUAUUAUGUUGUAUGUAUGAAUGGGCCUCUGACAAAUGCACAUAAAAGUAUUAUGAUUUAGUUUUUAUCAUAAUUAUGAAUAUAAUUGUAUACAUUGUUUACCUGUUAAGCGAUGAUAUAUCGAUCUGAAAUUAUAAAACAUUGAAAUAUUUGGCUUUGUAGCAGCAUAGUGAAUGAUGCUUGACAGCAGCAGUGGUAUGCAGCUGGAGCAUUUAGCACAGUGUUUACGAGGGAGGCGAGUGUUUGGUA